AUUCUUUUACAUGUUGCAAAUCCUUGUGAAUUAUCUGGAGCAUAUUCAAUUGAAGGAUUACGAGCACUUUAUCCAUGUAUUUUAGUAAAUCGACAAUGGUGCCGAAUAGCAGUCCCAAUUCUUUGGAGUCAACCAUUUCUAUUCGGAAAAGAUAUUGAUUAUCUUCCAGUUAUUUCAAUGUAUUUGAAAUGUCUUGGAGAUCAAGAUAAAAAAUCUCUUUUAAAUCAAGGAAUUGAUAUUUCGUUAAUGUCCGACUUUAAUCAAAUGCAAUUAGGUAUAGAAGAUAAAAAACCUAUGUUUAAUUACCCAGGUUUUCUUCGCAUAUUAUAUUAUGAACAAAUGAUAAGUGCGGUUGAAAAUUGGUGCGCCGAAUUAGCCGACAUAAUGGAACAACAACAACCUGAUUGUCAUGAUGAUGAAAUUAUAAUGAAAACAUUACUACAACUUUGUUUGAAAUAUGGUUCAAGAUUAUAUGGUCUACACAUAAAUCCUGAAAUGUUAGGUAAAGACCAUGAUGAAAUGUACGAAAUAUUGUUGACUGAUGAUAAUUUGAAAAAUUUAGUCUCUCCUGUUCGUUCAUUACACAUUUAUGCAACU